GUUUCGGAAACCUUUGUUUCGUCUCCGUACCGUCGUCGCAGCGAGGCGUCGCCGCAUAAGCGUGAAGCAAGAGCUCGUCUUUCGCGUUCUGACACUACGACGGAGGAGGAGACGGAGGAGAAUGACGACCUUGGGACGCGUACCAGCAGCCGUGUUGCGUGGACGUGCAAGCCGGCUGCGGCAUUGCGUGAGACGCGCCGACCGCCUCGGCACACGGCAUCUGAGCACGAAAACGGCGUCGCGUGAGACCGAGAAGGAGGCCGCCACCGAGGCGCUGCCUUCCACCGUCGAGGUGGCUGUGAUCGGAGGUGGCGCCGUGGGCACCAGCCUCACCUACCACUUGGCCAGAUUGGGCAACCCGAGCGUCGUGAUGCUCGAGAAAAGCGAGCUGACGGCAGGCUCGACAUGGCACGCGGCUGGCCUUGCGGCGCUCUACCACCCGGGUAUCAACAUGAAGAGGAUCCACUACGACAGCAUCAACCUGUUCGCCGCGCUUCAACUAGACACUGGACGAGACCUCGGUUUUCACCGUCCGGGCAGUAUCCGACUUGCCUCGGACCCGAUUAGGAUGGACGAGUUUCGGUACCAGAUGCAGCGCCAGGGAUGGAACAAGGCGCCGCAGAAGCUUAUCACCGUCGACGAGAUCAAGCAGCAGGUGCCUUUCAUCAACCUGGACAAGGUGCUGGGCGGUCUGUACAACCCGGCAGAUGGCCACAUCGACCCGUACUCGCUGACCAUGGCCAUGGCCUCCGAAGCCAAGCGGUACGGGGCGCGAAUCUUCCAAGGCACGGUGGUGCAGGGUCUCUCCAGGGACCACAGGGACGGCCGAUGGCUAGUCGAGACAAGUCGAGGACCCGUACGUGCGAAGCACGUCGUCAACUGUGCCGGAUUCUGGGCCCACGAGGUAAACGCCUUGGCCGGUGUCGACCUUCCACUCGUUCCCAUCCAUCAUCAGUACUUCAUCACAAGCUCCAUACCAGAAGUGAAGAAUCUCAAGAAGGAAAUACCCGUCCUCAGGCAUCUUGAGGGCGGCUUCUACAUGCGGCAAGAGCGCGACGGCCUACUCAUUGGUCCUUACGAGCAUCAGGACAAAAUGAAGAUCUGCGAUGACUGGGUCACCGACAGGGUACCUCCCGGCUUCGGGAAGGAGCUGUUCAAUCCGGACUUGGAUCGUCUGACGGAGCACAUCGAGUCCGCCAUGGAGCUGGUUCCGGCGCUGAGGAAUGCCGAGAUCCGCACCACGGUGUCCGGGCCCAUCACGUACACGGCCGACAGCCUGCCCUGCAUCGGACCCAUGCCCCGAUUCCCCAAUUACUGGGUGGCCGUCGGAUUUGCGUACGGCAUCAUUCACUCUGGAGGAGCGGGCCGGUAUUUGGCCGAGUGGAUGACAAAGGGAGAACCACCUUACGACCUGAUUGAAACUGACCCGGGUCGGUUUGGAAAAUGGGCCACUAGGUCGUAUCUGUUCACGAAGUCGAAGGAGACGUACGGCAUGAACAACAGUUUCACGUUUCCAAAGGAAGAGCGCUGGGCGGGCAGGCCGACGGAAAGAACGAGCGGCAUCCAUGACCUGCUGGUCGAGCGAGGAGCCGAGAUGGGAUUCCACGCUGGUUGGGAGCAGCCGGCGUGGUUCUCGCGGCCUGGUGACGUCGCCGGCUACCAGCCCAGUUUCCGGCGCAGCAACUGGUUCGAGCCAAUGAAGCGCGAGUGUCGCAGCGUCCUCGAUAACGUCGGGGUCAUCGACUUGACGCCGUUCGCCAAGCUCGAAGUGACCGGAAAGGGAGCCAGCCGAUUCCUCGACAAGCUUCUGGCAAAUAAACUUCCAGCUGUGAACUCCAUCAACAUCUCGCACAUGUUGACGCCCAGAGGUAGAGUCUACGCCGAGGUGACGGUGACAAGAGUGGAGGAAAAUCGCUACUUGAUCAUCACGGGAUCCGGCUCGGAGCUGCACGACUUGAGGUGGAUGGACGAGCACGUUAGGCUCUGGAAGAUGGAAGACGUCAAGAUUGACAACGUCACGGAGAGUGUAGCAGCGCUCGGCAUAGCGGGUCCGCAUUCGGCCAACGUGCUGGCGUCACUCACGGACGUACCGCUGAGUGACGACAAAUUCCCAUUCCUGCACGCCAGGAAGAUCAGCGUUUCUGGUAUUCCUGUGACCGCCUUGCGGGUAUCCUACACCGGUGAACUUGGAUGGGAACUCUAUCACGACCGAAAGCACACCGCCGCCCUGUACAGUCAACUGCUUCGAUUCGGCGAGCCCUACAUCAUCACAGAUUUCGGGACGUACGCUUUGAACAGCCUGCGCAUCGAGAAAGGCUUCAGGCUUUGGGGCGCUGACAUGACCGUUGACACCAACCCAUUUGAAGCUGGUCUUGGACCGUUCGUCAGGAUGAAGAAGCCUGCAGACUUUGUAGGGAAGGCAGCUCUUCAGGAAAUCCUGCGUGAAGGACUGUCGCGGAAGUUGGUUCACCUCACCGUCGACGCCCAGGAGGUUGAUCCGGAAGGCAACGAGUCCGUCUGGUGUUCAGACAAGGUGGUCGGGUACACGACUUCCGGAUCUUACGGAGUACAGGCUGAGCAGAGCCUGGCGAUGGCGUACCUCCCAAUGUACCUCGCCAUUCCCGGAAGCGAGGUGCAGGUGGAACUGCUGGGAAAGCUCUGCCGGGCCACAGUCUUGCCCUCGGCGCCAGUUGCUGUGCAAGUCAAGAGGAGGAAAGCACCGAGAACAAGCAGCUGAUUUGCGGCUACUGUAACAAGCCAAGAACUGUCCAUGUGCUGUCCAUGUCCAUGUGACAAUGUGCGCUUAUAGUCAUAUGUGCCAACGAUCGAGUGUUGCUUUGCCAAGUGACGAGCGUAUACCCAGCAUGGGCAACAAUACUGUGUUCGUUAAAGGCUGCGAGAGAGACUGAGAGAGAGAUAAAUAAGAAGAGGAAGGCAAACCAGCCGAACGUCCGGCUUUACACCUUACAAUGUGCGUAAGACAAAGGAGGGUAGAAAGGACCGAGGGUCAGUGUGGGCACUGCGUGCACACAGCAUCACUAGCGUAGCCAGGGUUGGAAAACCGAGCACGUGCCCUUUCUUUCUGCAGUGGGAUAGAGCACAAAAUGACACUCGACUACGCUUGCCUGCCCCAUCCCACUUGUGAUCAAGGACGCGCCCCCACCGAAACAAAUUUCUGGCUACACCAUUGCACAGCAUAUUAAAAGAUGUGUCUCUAAGCGGUACUUAUAGCGGGCAGCUGGGCGAGUUGGAAUUUCGACAGCUCGUGCAUUUCCAGCGGUUGAAGGGAAAUAGGAAAUAAACAAGAGAAAGAAAAAAAGACGAAAACACCCUGCUGUUAUCUAGUCCUUUUUUUUUCAUUUGCUUGAAGUGCGUCAUAUGGAUAAAAUAGUGUCGCAAAACCCUGUGCAUUGUUUUGAAAAAAUACUUGGAACAAACAUAGACCAUAACAGAACAUUUAGCUCACGACUCACUCCAAUGCAGCUUAUUCACGGCAAAAACGGUGACCACGUGUGCACUACAGUUCAAAGAAAAAACUGAGAUUAAAUCGAAAGAAGAUUUUGACUAAAUUUUCAUUUAAAAUUCCGGACGUUUCAAAGCCAGACCGGCUCCUUCUCCGGGGG